CGUUAGUUUGUCGCUCUUAUCACUUGAUGAGUUUGCUCGUGGUUGUUACUUUUACGUUUAAAAAUGUGUCUUCUCGUCGCAUAUUGAUGCUUUUUUUAAAAUAGAAAAUAAUCUGAGAGGUUAUUUCUUUUGGUAAAACGUGUAAUGAGGUUCAGUUUGACAUUGGGGAAAAAUGAGAACGAGACAUUCUCCUUCUCCCGUUCACGUCCACGUCGUGGAGAGCACACCCGUGCAUGUUCACAUGAGAAGGAGCCCCAACAGGACCCCGCAGGAGAGGAAUAGAGAUUUUCAGGUGAGAGGGGAGCGUGGGAGAUCUACAGGUCGAGCCCCUUGGAUCCCUCCUGGAAUCUCGGCUUGCAGACGAGAUCAGAGAAGCCGAGUGCCGUCAGAGAAUACUCGGCGGGAAACCGAUGAGCAGGACGAUGACACCACGACGCUGAGGAAGAACCUCAGCCUGCUGCUCAGAGAGCAAGAAAACGGCCAGCGUUCAAACAAUGGACCGGACGCGUCCGCAAAGACGGAGGUCCUGCUGCGAGCCCUGGUGGAGGCAGAGGUGGAUGGUGUGGCGGUGGCCAACCAAUUGACCUCCUUCAAGGAAAUCCUGGACAGUCUGGCUAAGGACCGGCACCCGUCCAAACGCCAAAUGUCCGCAGUCACACGGCAGCGGCAGCUUCUCGUGGAGAAGAUGGAGAUCUUUGACAACACCAACCACAGCCUCAGGGACCUCCUCAGAGACUGGACUCAUAACCAGAGCGAAGCAGAGAGACACUCUGAGGAGAACGAAGCAUUCAAGAGGAGGUUGGCCGACGUUGAGGCUGAGAAUAUAAGACUUGUGUCCAAACUGUGCAGCAAGGAGAAAGAAGCUUCCCAGCUCACAGAGUCAUUGGAGUUUGAAAAGGAACACGCCAAGACCACCGAGGAACUGUCCAGGAUCCUGGCAUCCACUCGGGACCAUUUGGAGUCUCAGCUGAGUCGAGCGCAAGCUGAAAAAGUCACAAUGGCCGCUCAGCUGCAGCAUCUGCAGCAGACCUACGAGCAACGGCGGGAAAACGACGACGAGGCCGCCCUGGCGGUGCUCACCCGGCACGCCGAGGAAGCGUCCAGGCAAAUGGGAGCCAAACUGCAGGAGAAGGAGUCGCAGCUGGCGCAGGCACUGUCCACGUGUAGCGAGCUGCGCCUGCGCAUCUCAAAGGAGGCGGCGGCCAGACGUCAGCUGGAGGACAACAUCGCGGCGCUCAAAUUGCAAGUGAGCGAGUGGAAUGCUCAGCAUCACGUGGCCGACGAGCGAAAUCGCGGCGAGAGGGAGGAGCUCCGAGAUCAGAUCCAGCGUUUGAGUGCCCAGAACACCGCCGUGGCGCUAGACAAACGGUCCUUGCAGGCUCAGGUGACGUCCGCUGAGGAAAAGCUGCGAGUCGCUCAAGAGGAAACGCUACACCUCAGGGCUUCGUAUCAGAAACAGGAAGCCGUGUUGGAGAAAUACAAGCGGAGGGCUCAGCAGGCAGACCUGCAGUGCGAGGAGCAGCGUCUGAAGGUGGACGAGGUCCAGCUGGAGGCUCGGGAGGCCUUGGCGGCGCAGGAACGGGAGCAGGAGCAGCUGAGGAAGGAGCUGCUGCGCCUGCGCCAGCUGGAAACGCUUCCCGAGCGCCUGCGCAGGAGCGAGCAGCACCUGGCGCAGGCGCAGCAGGAGGCCGACGCUCGCCAGAGGAGGAACCUGGAGCACGACGCCGCCCUUGCUGAAGUCAGACUCAAGGUGGAACAACAAGGCACUCAGCUGGAGGCGUCCCAGCGUGGGAACAUGCUGCUGCAGGAGGAGAACAACGUCCUCAAAGAGAAGCUCCGGAACCUGGAAAGGAAGCUGGAGUCCAUGCGUGUGGAAAACAAGGAGAUGUGCGAGGCACUGACCCUGAAGGAGGUCAGCGCGAUUAGCGUGCGGGAGCAGCUGGAGCAGAAAAGCCGCGAGAACGCCGUCCUGGCCCAGCAGCUGCAGCAAACUCUGGACGACGCCCAGCAGCAGGCCCGCCAAAGCAUGGACAGAGUCCGAGACAAGGAGCGCCGCUCCCAGUCCAAAGCCCUCGACCUGCAGGAACAGCUGAGCCGGGCUGAGGCGCAGCUCAGUCAGCUGCAUCGCAGUAAGGAGGAGAUGGAACGUCGCUUCCAGAACCAACUGAGGAACCUGAAGGAGCGUCUGGACCAGUCGGACCAGACCAACCGCAGCCUGCAGAACUACGUGCGCUUCCUCAAGACCUCUUACGGGAACGUCUUUGGCGAGACUUUCCUCCCCAGCUGACGCCCGAACGCGACAGACUUUCCCCUUGAGUGGGGGGGGGGGGGGGGGGGGCGAUGGACGAGCUCAUUCCAAGAAAAAGGCAGGACCAAAAUCCGAGG